AUUGUAUGCCUUUUUCGUUCUACCUCCUUGGCUUACCAAAAAUGGCCGUAUGACGUCCAUGCCCAGCCAAUACUCCUCGCCCCUCUCUCUCUUCUUCUAUUUUCCCAUCACGAUGUCUUGCACAGCUGGCGCAUAGCAGCCUCCCAAUGA